AUGAGACGAACCCUGCCUGCCAGAGCCACACCGUCCUCGGGACCAAGUCCUACAGUCAGUUUUAAUGCCAAUAUGCCGCUCCUCACUAGCACAAAUGAUGAAGGCUACGGAAAGCUCGCCAAACUAUUCGCCGAAGCCCAGGAGAUUGCCAUCUUUCGUAAAUUCGAUCAACUGAACAUGUUAAAUCUCUUGCGACUUCAGGCAGAGAUUCAUGAGCUAGAAGAGGACCUAGGAGAGAUACGAGCCGAAGACAGAGACUCGAAUGACACGAAUCGGAGAUUGUACGGGCUCAACUUUCGUGUUAUGAGGGAAAACGCUGAAGACGGUGACUCCGAGCAGUUGGAAACUCUUGAGAAAAUUGGCCUAAAGCUCAUUGAGUACAACCAAGCAUUGCAAAAUGUUGCGUUUCUCCACAAGGCGUCUCAACCAUCAGAUGCUGAGAUAGCCUUCUUGAGGAUAUGGUUAGUGAGAGACAAAAUGGGAGACCGGUUUCUCAGGAAUGCCGGAGUCGAAGCUACGGUAUGGGACGACAAGUACCGGACCGACCUACUCACUAUUGGAGGAUCCUCGGGAACCUCAGACAGGCUCAGCCGGUUGAUGAAUGGGAGACUGUUGAACUGGUACCAUUUCGCUAUCGGGCGUUUCACCAAAUCUGGCAAGAGGACUAAUGACGAGAUGAUCCGGGACUACGACUCAAGGAAGAUUCAACGGUUCAGCGACGUCGUUGUGGGAGCCUUGUCAGCUUCGAUCCCCACUGUUGCAAUUUUGGUUCUGUACUUUGUUCACAACAUGACGCAUCGAAUUGGCCUUGUCAUCGUUUUCACUUUCAUCUUCUCGGUGGCUUUCUCCACGAUAACUGGGGCCAAGAAGGCCGAGGUCUUCGCUGCAACAGCGGCCUUCGCAGCAGUGGAGGUGGUGUACAUCGGAAGCGUGGCUUCAAAUGACACUGUUUGCGUCUGCUCUCCUGGUCAAGCCUAA